UAUUGCCUGCCACUUUCCCAACACGAGACGCAACGUGUACACACCGUGCACACUGACCCAGUUUGUGCAGCUGCAGCUUCGGGUCGCCUUGAAUCGUCGGCGCGGGGAGCGCGGGGAGGACACUGGCUGCGUCCGGUGCACAAGGCGCGCACCCAACACUCCGCACGCACGCAAGUUUGUAUCCGCGCAAUGAAUCCUGCCAACGACACCAGAGACGAGAGAAGUACGGAACAUUCCAUAUUCGCCGUCGGCACCUACAAACUUCUCGCCUUCGCCAUCGGGACCAUCGGGGUGUUCGGCUUUUGCAACAACGUUGUUGUCAUCAUCCUCUACUGCAAAUUCAAGAGACUGCGGACGCCCACCAAUUUGUUGGUGGUCAACAUUAGUUUGAGUGAUCUGCUGGUGUCCGUCAUCGGGAUAAACUUCACGUUUGUUUCGUGCAUCAGAGGCGGUUGGACCUGGAGCCGCGCGACGUGCAUCUGGGACGGCUUCAGCAACAGCUUGUUUGGCAUCGUCUCCAUCAUGACUCUGGCGUCCCUGGCCUACGAGCGCUACAUCCGGGUGGUCCACGCCCAGGUGGUGGACUUCCCUUGGGCGUGGCGGGUCAUCGGCCACAUUUGGCUGUACUCCCUGGUGUGGACGGGUGCUCCUUUGCUGGGAUGGAACCGCUACACGCUGGAGAUCCACCGGCUGGGCUGCUCUCUGGACUGGGCCUCCAAGGACCCCAACGACGCCUCCUUCAUCCUCCUCUUCCUCCUGGCCUGCUUCUUUGUGCCCGUGGGGAUCAUGAUCUACUGCUACGGGAACAUCCUCUAUGCAGUGCAAAUGCUGCGCUCCAUCCAGGACCUCCAGACGGUUCAGAUCAUCAAGAUCUUGCGAUACGAGAAGAAGGUGGCCGUUAUGUUUCUAUUGAUGAUCUCCUGCUUCUUGUUGUGCUGGACGCCCUACGCCGUGGUGUCCAUGAUGGAGGCCUUCGGCAGGAAGAACAUGGUCUCUCCCACGGUGGCCAUCAUCCCCUCGUUCUUUGCCAAGUCCAGCACGGCCUACAACCCCCUCAUCUGUGUGUUAAUGAGCAGAAAGUUCCGGCGCUGUUUGAUGCAGCUGCUCUGCUCACGGCUUACGUGUUUGCAGUGCAACCUCAAAGAGCGCCCGCUGGCUCCAGUUCAGCGCCCCAUCCGACCAAUCGUGGUGUCCGCGGCGUGCAGCGGCAGGGUGCGGCCAAAGAAGAGGGUGACUUUCAGCUCCUCCUCCAUCGUCUUCAUCAUCACCAGCAAUGACUUCCACCACAUGGACGUGACAUCAAACACUCGAGAGCCCUUGGAAGCUAACGUCUUUCAAGUGAGGCCGUUGUGAUCCACAAGGAGCGGGACUUCCACCACUGAGUAUGCCUUAGGACCGAACAUGCCAAACCGAACCAAAAAUAAUUCGGUCUUAAUCUCCGGGAACAUUUCUCCCCCCAGACACAGUUACAUUGUACAACAAGUUAAUGUUAAGUAAAUAUCCAGCUAGCAGCCCCAGAUCUAUAUGAGUGUUCUGCCUCAGCAGGUGUGAAGGCGCGACAUUGUCAUCCACCAUCAGCUGUUGUGAUAUAAGCACAUAAAGUAGUAGUUAACAGCUAGUUAGAUGUUUAUUUUAGUAAAGAAUCACACCUAUACUGUAGGUCAAAAAUUGCACAACCGCAGAAGUGUGUGGAGUUUUUCAGAGGCCGGCGCUGUUGGGCACCCGAUUGAAUCAACAUGUGAUAAUGGAUGUUCUUGGUUGGUACCCAACUUUUAGAGUGUAACAUUGAAAACAAGCUUUUGCUCUUUGGCCAUAAACCAUAAUACAUUGUUGUAAAUGGAUUCAAUAAAGAAAUCCUAUUUUAAGCUACCAAAGGUUGUGUAUCUCAUUUCCCUCGAGAAGCUCUAGUGUGACGAGAGCAGACACUGUGAAAUGACAUUUGGU